AUGUCGUGUUCAAGAUCAUACCUUUACUGCUUCCUCGCACUGUGUGCCCUGGUCGUCUACGCAUCUGGUGCGGAGCCUACCUUGAGAGCUGCUUCGGAGGCAAACACCACCGAAGGAACCCUACCAGCAAAAGAGCCAGUUCACGUAUCGCCGUUAAACGCAGUGCUGUGCCUCGUCGUCCUCGGUAUUAAUGCUGCCACGCAAAGAUCAGGAGCCGAUCAUUUCGCAAACCAACAUCUUUCACCAGCUCGCACCUCUCCAUUCAUAUGUCUGGCAGACAUACUUGUCACCAUAAUCUGGCUCGUUUACGGCGUGUGCUAUAAAAAGAUGAGCAUCAAAGCCUCGGCGAAGAUGCUUUUCAAGGACUUUGACUUCUCAGAAGAAGAGGAUACACUCGGAGUAGGCAACCGUUGGUCUUGGUCUAUCAUUUUUGUGGUGUUGUUUGCAGUUGGAGUCUUACUAGAGGCGAUAAAGCUAUUCACCUUUGCGGCAACAGGAACCGCGCCGUGGUUGCAGACAUUUACCGCUGCCAUGUUCUUUGCUGCGUACGUCGUACGCAUAUCUGUCAACACGAUCAGCUGGCUUUGCACCGAUUCAAAAACCAUCGAAAAUCUAAAGGCAACCAAAGCAGAUCGAAAGAUGCUCUUCAACAUCGCAGACCUGCUGUACAACAUCGCUUACUCGGCACAAUUUCGUUUCUGGAUCGCGACCUUCGGAAACCUCGAAUAUUUCGCCAGACCAAACAAGAAGGUUGUGCCCACCUUGCUCGCCAUCGUUGUCGUCCCUGCCUUGGCUUCUUAUUUCUUUCCAAAGGAGAAGAAAUCUCAGGGGGUGCAACCAGUCGAAGAGCAAACAUCGCAAUCUACACCAACUGGAACACAGAAGCCAGAGAUCUAUGGCGGAAGUUGGUCUCUAAAGAACUGGGAAAAGGACGACCAGAACAGAGCAUUCCUUGUCUUAUUCGUGGUUAUGAUCAGUGUCCCUCUCGAUGCCGCAUGGAGAAUACUUUUUAUUCCCUUGGCUUCGCUUGCCGUCGUUGUUGGACACUUGUCUCUUGUGUCUCUCAUAUGCCAGAUCGUUCGCAAAGUCAAGAAACGCAACAGUGUCGCGAGCAAGACAAAAGCAAGCGACAAUAUAUCAGAGGCAUCAGUACCGGUGGAUGGAGAUUCACAGGCGAUUGAAAAACAACUCCGUGAGAGAUGGUCCCCUCUUUUGAGAGCGAAAGACCCAGAGUGGAGAAAUGUUGUCAGCUCGGCCUCUGCGGUGGCUAACUUCAGCUUCGUCUGCAUGUACUACUUUGGAAUAUACGACGCUUCGAAGACCGUGAAGCCAGGUUGGUUAGAAAAGUUCUGA